AUGUUCAACUUCGGGGGGGGGCGCACUGAGACGCCGCGAGAGCGAGCCGGGAGGGGCGGGGCCAACGCAAGCCAUUGGCUGGGAUCCGGGCCGGCGCGGCGGUGGGCGGGGCCUGGCGGAGGCGCCCGGAGCGUUCCGAGCCGCUUCCGGCUGCGCGGCCGGAGGACGGGCUGGGUGCGUGACGGGCGCUCCCCGGUGCCCACCCUGGACCCUCCGGCUCUGCACAGCCCCCCAAGAUGGGGGCUCCGAUCGCCCCGGCCCCAAGGGACUCACCCGGGUCUGUCCAGAAGGGGCCGCGGGGCCUUCCGAUCCCCGCGACCCUCUCCCAAGGCGGCCCAGGCUGAUGGCGCCAGCCGGGGCUCCCUGCACCUUGACGUGGAGAGACUGAGGGAGGAGAGAGACUCGCUGGAGCGGGAGAUCGCCCAGCUCCUGUCUGACGGCCUCUGCGUGGAGGAACUGGACGAGCACAUCUCACGGCUCCACGAGUACAACGACAUCAAGGACGUGGGCCAGAUGCUGCUGGGUAAACUGGCUGUGCUCCGAGGGGUCACCACCAAAGAACUGUACGCGGAGUUUGACCUGGACUUGAGCGACUGAGCCCACACUCGCCCCAGACGCCCGCCCCG